AGUUUCAAACCCAUGAUGUUACAGGAAGGUUUAAAACAAUUAGUCUUGACUGUUGUGUUAAUUUUAAAUUGAGGAUGCUGAAAGGUCUAAAUAUAGUUUCAAAAUGAUAUAUUGUCGUUGGUAAGGCUUCAAGCUUCUGGGACAAUCUACACCACCUAAGCACUGUUGUUGGAUUCGUCCUCGAGCUCCACAUAAAUCACAGUGACGACUCAUAAUUCAGUUAAACUCAGACCCUUCCUCCUACUGAAAACCUUAUUGUCCACUUUAAAAUGAACAGAAUCAAAGUCUUCUGCCUAUUUGCUAAAACCUUCUGCAAAUAGCUUGUGAACAUUUUCAAAUGGACAAAUUAUCUCAAUGCAUUUCAACUAAACCGGAAAGAAACAUCCCCUAAUUAUCAGGUUUGUCAAUGUACUUUAAAAUGAUAAUAUUUGAUGACAUUAAUUGAAUUAAUAGUAGCAUAAUCUUUCCCCUGAUUACUGUAAAAUCUGCUGUUGACAAAAUGAACACGAUACGAGAAACAAUUGUUCCUGUUACUUCACUAUCGAGAAGUAUUUCCUAAGUUGUGUUGUUUGUUGGGUCAAAGUGAGUUAAGACGCGGCUUUCCUUUGGUGUGUUUAGCACCAAGUCCUCAUGAAAAACAUCUCCAGGCUUAUCCUUUUAAUCCGCUCUUAGCGGCUUUUAUCCCAGAGCCUUAAUUCUCUCAUGAGGAUACUGUAGGGGCUGGGAGGGCAACAGUGACCAGCUCCAUCCAGCAGAGACGAUUGUAAAAAAACAAUACUCUAGGAAUGGUAUUUUUAGGGCUACAGUCCUCAUGCCUUCACACAGCAAAGUAAAUACGUAAGAAAAACAAGUCUGAAUAUGUCUUCCCCCUCCACACACACACACACACACACACACACACACACAUACACACUUUCACAAUGUCCCUUGAGUCAGACAUGACAGAACAGCACAAUGGCACACAGUCCAACUGAAUACAAUAGCCUGCAUGGACCGACAUGCAGACAUGCACACAAAAGCCAUGUGCCAAUAGUUGCACUAUGGGGUGUAAUGGUGCUGUCAGCUGCUCCAAAAGCACCCUCUCUCUCCCUCCCUCCACUCUCUCUCCCUCUCUCUCUCUCUCUCUUUCUCUGAAAACUGGUCCCCAUAGAGGAUGCCAGCAUCUCAUUGGCUGGGGCAUCACAGGAGUGGAUGGGAGCAGGAGCGAGAGAGAAAGAGAGGGAGAGAGAGAGAGAGAAAGCUCAAGAAGAUGCAACUACUCUGGCACAGCAUCUUGACAGAGCUCUGAGCGGAGGGAUGCAAGGUGUAGACACAAGCACUGUCAAUUUUUGUCUUGCACAUUCUGGGUCCUCCUGUAGAUGGAAGAAGCAGUGGACUUGCUCCACGUUGCUGCUGAAAUGAGCCCUCCGGCUGAAAGGUGCAGACGAGCAACAGCUGGGCUGACAGAGCUGAAGCUCUUUGGAUCUCAGCGUCACCUGGACUUGAUCUCUCCUUGCUGACUGAGCAGCUGCUGGUCAUUGCUUCUCUUAAUUUCUACUUAUCUAGGCUACCCACACCUUAACCUCUGCGUUGUUGGAGUGCGUUAAUUUAGUCUUCCCCGACAGCACUAUUGUCUUUGGGAGAGGCGUCGCUUGGAGAAGGGUGGCAGCUUUGACUGUAAAUGUGUGUCCCCGCCGGCACUGGAUUGUCACCCUCAAAGUCUCCUGCACCAGCUGAGAGCCCCUGGAAGCCACCUGCUGUGCCUCUGGGAUGGUGUGACCUCCAGCCAGCUGUUGGCCGCCCCACAUCUGGGUCAAGAUGCCAGUGAUGAAGGGCCUCCUGGCCCCACAGAACACCUUUCUGGACACCAUCGCUACGCGCUUCGAUGGCACCCACAGUAAUUUCCUGUUGGGUAACGCUCAGGGCCACCGCGGCUACCCCAUCGUCUACUGCUCAGACGGCUUCUGCGAACUGACGGGCUUCACGAGAACCGAGGUGAUGCAGAAGAACUGCAGCUGCCGCUUCCUGUACGGGACCGACACCAGCGAGCACGUGGCCCAUCAGAUGGAGAAGGCCCUGGAGGGCCGAGAAGAGUACCAGGCCGAGGUCCACUUCUACAAGAAGAAUGGCGUGGCCUUCUGGUGUUUGCUAGACAUCGUGCCCAUAAAGAAUGAGAAGGGCGAAAUGGUUCUCUUCCUCUUCUCAUUCAAGGACAUCUCUGACACCUAUGGAAGGGGCCACCACAACAGCAAGAAGGAGGGGUCAGAGGACAAGAGGCGCAGGAGGAAGAGCAGCGCCCACUUCGUCGAGGCCAGGAAGCGUGGACGCACCAUGUUGUACCAGCUGACCAGCCAGUUCUCGCGGGGAGGCAAACGAGAAGUCAACCUGGGUGGCAGCAUGAUCAACAAGCCUUCAAUACCGGAGUACAAGGUGGCAGCGGUGCAGAAGUCGCGCUUCAUUCUGCUCCACUACAGCAUCUCUAAAGCCCUGUGGGACUGGCUCAUUCUGCUGGCCACCUUCUAUGUGGCUGUCACCGUGCCCUACAACGUCAGCUUCACGCCGUACGAUGACACCGUCACAGCUGCGCGCUCCACCAUUGUCAGCGACAUUGUGGUGGAAAUGCUCUUUAUUAUAGACAUCAUCUUAAACUUCCGCACCACCUAUGUGAGCCAGUCAGGGCAGGUGGUGUACGAGGCGCGCUCCAUUUGCAUUCAUUACGCCACCACCUGGUUCUUUGUGGACCUGGUGGCUGCCCUGCCCUUCGACCUGCUGUAUGCCUUCAACAUCACAGUGACCUCCCUCGUCCACCUGCUUAAAACGGUACGCCUGCUACGCCUCCUUCGUCUGCUGCAGAAGCUGGAUCGCUAUUCCCAGUACAGCGCCAUGGUGCUGACCUUGCUCAUGUCUGUGUUUGCCCUGCUGGCACACUGGAUGGCCUGCAUCUGGUACAUGAUUGGACGUAAAGAGAUAGAGACCAAUGAGACCUGGGACAUUGGGUGGCUUCAUGAGCUGGGCAAACGUCUUGAGACACCCUACAUCAACAGCACGGUGGGCGGCCCGACAGUGCGCAGCUCCUACAUCGCUGCCCUUUACUUUACCCUCAGCAGCCUGACCAGUGUGGGCUUCGGCAAUGUCUGUGCCAACACCGAUGCUGAGAAGAUAUUCUCCAUCUGCACCAUGCUCAUCGGCGCACUGAUGCACGCCCUGGUCUUCGGUAACGUGACGGCCAUCAUUCAGCGUAUGUACUCUCGGCGCUCUCUCUAUCACACACGCAUGACGGACCUGAAGGACUUCAUCCGUGUCCACCGCCUGCCCCAGCAGAUCAAACAGCGCAUGCUGGAGUACUUCCAGACCACAUGGUCUGUCAACAAUGGCAUAGAUGCCAACGAGCUCCUGCAUGACUUCCCUGAUGAGCUGCGGGCCGACAUCGCCAUGCAUCUGAAUAAGGACAUCCUCCAGCUGCCGGUCUUUAAGGGGGCCAGUCGUGGCUGCCUGCGCUCGCUCUCCCUCCAUAUAAAAACCUCCUUCUGUGUCCCUGGGGAGUACCUCAUCCGUCAGGGGGACGCGCUGCAUGCCAACUACUUUGUCUGCUCCGGGUCCCUGGAGGUGCUGAAAGACAGCAUGGUGCUGGCAAUAUUAGGAAAAGGGGACCUGAUUGGGUCUGACCUGCCUGGAACCGACCAGGUGAUCAAGACCAAUGCUGAUGUGAAGGCGCUGACCUAUUGUGACCUCCAGUACAUCAAUGUGCGCGGUCUGAAAGAGGUGCUGGAACUCUACCCUGAGUACGCCACUGUGUUCACCUCUGACAUCCACAACAACCUCACCUACAACCUGCGUGAGGGCAGCCAGGACGAGGGUCUCAGCAGGUUUUCAAGGUCACCCAGGCUUCCCCACGAAGCCAGGCUCCCCUCUAUGGUGGAAACUAAGGGGGAUGACCCGGACGACUCCUUCCACCUCUCUCCAGCUACCCGCUCCCGUCGCAACCUCCUGCUUCCCAACUUCAGCAGCCCUGUUCGGCGUACCUCACUGGGGAACCUCCUGGGGGAUGAGUUGCGGCAAUUCAACGCCCUGCGGCGCUGCCGUUCACCAAACCUCAGCCGCGGCAUCCACGGGCAGUGCUCAUCCCCUCAGCCACCGUCGAAAAAAGAGCACAGCUCCCCGAAAGUCACAACGGCCUCAACUUCAGCCCAGGGGGAGUCGGGGGCCGAGAAAAAGCCUUCAAAGCUGCUUAUCCCAACCGUCACCUGCUUUGGACCGCCAGAUCUUAGUCCCAGGGUGGUAGACGGCAUCGAAGACAAUGGACACGCGUUCCACUUCAACGUGGAGCACAGCAGGCCCAAUGCCAGCACGGGAGGCAGCACCCAAGACUCCACACAGGUUAACUCCACUCUGCUGCUUGAGACAGAGGAGGUCAGACGGAGCAUCGGUCAACUCAACCAAAAGAUGGGCACAUUAAACCAGGAAGUAUCUGAACUCACCAAGGACCUGCACCACAUGAUGCAUCUCCUUCAGGCCCACAUAUCUGUGCAACACUACAAAGCCUCCCUUCCUUCAUACCCAUAUGGCAUCCAAAUGGUGUCCAACCCGUCUACAGUCCCCAACACUGGCAUGCCCUUUAACUUAGCUCCAACCUUCCACCCCAAUAACAAUCCUGGGAGCCAGGAAGGCCACAGCCAGCGAAGCGUUGCACCCGCUGGCCACUGGAACUACAGUGGAGCUGCUGAAACCCAAACAGAUAGCCAGCACUGGCCUCAAUGCUCUAGUCCACCUGCCAACUCCUGUCUGCCCCUCUCUGUAAACUCUGCAUCCAGGUUAGGCCCGUGUCACAGCUCUGAGAGCAUGACAACACAUCUGUGGACAAGCCCGUCUCCUCUCAGAGCCAGCCCAGGCUUCCAGGGUGGAAGUCCAGGCCUCGCACCUCAUGCUGGGUAUGAAGACUCUGACAACAGGCUUGUCGGUGCUAGCCCGACCAUCAUCAGCCAGUCCCAGCCUACUUUGUGCCUGCAGCCUCCCAGUGAUAGUGAUGAAUACUCUUGCCUUUUGUCCGGUGUCCCUACAGGUACGUCCACACACAGCCUGCUGGACUCGUCACCCAGUUCGUACCCCCAUCUCUCCCUGCACUCCGAAUCCCAUCUUAACUUAUCACAAGCCUCACAUGAGGACAUUUGCGUUCUGAUAUCCGCCCCAACAUCCCAUAAUGUGAUCCAGGACACCUCCCUCUUCCAAAUCGAGGACUCACACCCCUCGGUCCACCCUGUGUCUGCAUCUCCACCCAUGUUGCCAGGCCACCCUCUUGGAUCCUCCCUGGAUUCAGCCUCACAGCGAUCGGAUGCUCUCGAGCCUGAUCUUCCACUGGGCGACCCAUCUGCCAUAGAACACACCAGUCUGGAGUGCCUACUGGGGAAUGGGGGCUCUAUGGAGAGCAGGGACAGUGAAAGCGUGUCAUCGCGAAGGUCCAGCAUUGGUGUUCAGACUCUGAGCACAGAGCAGUCGUGGUGUCUGGACCUCACAGAUUAAACUGUUUCAGGGUUAGACUCACUGACUUCACUACAACUUGGGGGGGGGGGGAGUUAUAGACAUGCAACUACUUACAGUGUUAAAGAGACCCUGCUGGAGAAUGUCAACGUGUGCUGUAUUUAAUAACUUAAUUUCUUAACUUAAUUUGUCAAACUCCACACAAUUUACACCAUUUCUAUGCAAAAGCAUGUCAUUUGUGCAUUAUCUUGGAUUUACUGAAGUGUGUCUUUAAAUAAAAGAGUUCCAGUGUAUACUGUAUAUUUUUGUCCAACGUCCCUUAGAGCAAUUUGCGGUUGAUAAUGCUUGUUACCUCCUUGCAUGGUAAAGUUGUUUAUUCUUUUUCCUAAGGAAAAGGUUUCCAAAAUAAUGUGUACGCAUUCUACAUGACAACCUGUUGAUUGUGGUUCACAGAUACUGUGUUUGUAGACAGACGGCUCAGAGGGGUUGGAUGUUUUAAUAUGUGAAGGAACAAAAAUGACACAUUGCACAUAGGGACGAGAGUAUGUGCAUCAUUGAGCAUAGAUUGUUUAUUGUUUUGAAUUGAAUGUUUUUCUCACUUCAGCAUUUUUUAUUUGUGAGUUCUUGGACUAUGAAUAUCUACAAUCCAAUCUCCACUAAGCAGUACAUCAUUUAUGAUUUCAAGAAAAUUCCAUUGAAUGUCUCCAGUUUUAUGAGAUUUUAAGACAUUUCUUAUUGUUUUCCACACCAAGGCAUAGUCCUGUGAAAUAAUGUCUUUCUUACAGAUCUAUAGUUAUAUAAACACAACAUAGCUGUUGAUAAAUAAACAUAAAUAAAUACAUAUUUAGAUGAAAAGAGGGUCCCAUGAAAUAUUAAGUACUGUUAUUCAUUUACUAAAUAUGAAUGCCUAGUGGGGGGAAAAACAUUCAGGAACUUUGUUCUUUUUCAAUGAUUUCUCCUUAGCUGACAAAAUAAAGUAUGCAGAAAUGUA